UGUGGUGACACGGUGCGGGAUCCGCAGGGGCAUAGGCGGGUACCGGCGCUUCUCGGCACCCUCCGGGCAGGCAGGUGUGGGGCAAACCUGUGCCCUUGCACCCAGGCCCGGCGCCUCCUGUGUGCGCGGCCUCCUGGGCUCCUGCAGCGGUCUGCCCGCCGCAGCUCUGCAGCCCUGAGCCCUGGAGCGGUGGGAUUGCUGGAGGGACAAACGUGAAGUUCUUGCGCAAAGAGCCGUGGCUGUCAGGCAGUUCCUCUGUUCCAGCGUUCUGCCAAAGUAUCUGCAUUGCUUGAUGGGAUCAUUGAUGACCACAAAACAUUCACAGCCACAGUCGGCAUUUGCAAAAAGUCUAACUUCAACAAGUACAAACCCUCCCUAUUUUAAAGCAGCAGAAAGUACAGAAAUUCCAUCUUAUGUGACUAAAUGUCCUAGCAAUGGGCUUUGCAGUAGAUUGCCACCAGACUGUAUGACAUGCAACACAAACUAUUCCUGUGUAUAUGGGAAGAUGGCCACUUUUGAUUGCAAAGUCAAGCCAUAUGUUCAUUGUGUUGAUCAGAAUAACAACCAGCAGGAGAACUUUACAAUUAACAUGACGUGCCAGUUUUGCUGGCAGCUGGCAACAACUGAUUAUGUGUGUACUAAUUCCACAAGCUGCAUGACAGUUUCUUGUCCACGACAACGGUAUAAUGCCACCUGUACAGUACUGGAUCAUAUCCACUGCCUAGGUAACCGUGUCUUUCCUAAGAUGCUUUAUUGCAACUGGACUGGAGGUUAUAAGUGGUCUACUGCCUUGGCACUCAGCAUCACCCUUGGUGGAUUUGGUGCCGAUCGCUUCUAUUUGGGUCAGUGGCGGGAAGGUCUGGGAAAACUCUUCAGCUUUGGUGGACUUGGAAUAUGGACACUAAUUGAUGUGCUGCUGAUAGGUGUUGGCUAUGUGGGACCUGCAGAUGGUUCUCUUUAUAUUUAAAUGUGGGUGCAACAUGUUUCAGAGGGGCAUAAUUGCUUGGAAAGGGCUCUAAAUAAAACAAGUAGCGAUUUCAGCCAUUAAGAACAGCUGUUCUUUUUCUGUGUAUAUGUUUAAUGUACAGUGUCUGUACUUAGUUUGCCUUGAACUAAGGUAAAAUAAAAGAAUGGAUCAAUGA